ACGAAACUGCAAAAUUGUUCAGUUAAAAAGGACAAUUGAUGAUGCCGUUAUUGAUUACAACGGUAAAGUAGUCCAUGGGCGUCAGCCGUUUGCGUCGCGCUUUGUGCUCACGCGUUACAUAAAAAGUCUCUAAUACUUCACUAAAGAAAAUGACUGUGUGACACCAUCUUCCCAAACUCUUCUUCAAAGGUCUUUCAGCCAUGAGUGACAGUCUCUAAGCCUAAACUUGUCAAAGUUGCCAUCAGAGACUCCAUUAAGGAUCUGAGGCCUUAGUCAACCGAGGGGUACAUUUGUCACUGUGGCCAAAGAUGAACUACAAUAUGUCGGCCGGGUCUCUCAGGUUGUUGGAGAAGAGAGUCAGGUGACCUCCAUGCGGCAGUGAAGUAAAAAAAGAUUUUCUUUUUGUACUUGCAGAACGUUAGCAAGCAACCUCAAAAUAGUUUUUGAGUAGCCCAGGCUGGGCAAAGAGCGAAAGCACCUGGGCUCAGAAAAAUCCCGCCAGGCCUCAUUCCUCUCUCUGGAUGGUAGCGGCUUGUAGUCAUGGAGCAGACCGUUGUCACACACCAACCCUCGCUGUCAGGGUCCAUGUUGGAGGAGAAAGGGGAUGGAGGUUUCUCUGCAGUAAGUGUCAAGAAUUGGAGGUCCAACAACGCGAGCACAGUGGCAUUGACUCAGCCCGGCUUGGGCAUCGCCACAACGACAGCCACCACCAUCACGCAGACGGGCGGCGACUGGAGCAGCGGCCUGUUUGACAUCUGCGGAGACAAGUGCACAUGUGUCGUCGGUGCUGUGGCGCCGUGCUGUUUGGACCUAAGUCUCGCGAAUCUGUUUGGCGAGUGCCUCUGUUUUCCUCUGCUGCCAGGGUCCACCUUCGCUAUGAGGGUCGCGCUCAGGGAGCGGUACAAGAUACGGGGGAACAUGUGCAACGACUGGAGCGCCGUGUGUUGCUGUUACUCCCUGGCCGUGUGUCAGAUGGUACGAGAGAUGAAGCGGCGGACACUGGCUCGGACGUACCACGUAUCCACCACGCUGGAGUGCACUUGACUUGGGACCACCAGUUGCCAGAGCUGACCCUGAACAUCUUGCGCACUUCUCAGCAGUGUCGAUUCUGAGGGUCCCAGAAGGAAGCCUGCAUUGCUUCACUAGGUACAUUUGCACAGUCCAGUUUAAUGCAGUCGCAAAUGUAUUGCCUCAUCUACGUCUUUAUUAAGGAUACUAGUGCACGCGUAUUAACUCUGUCAGUGUCAAUGAUAACUAAGAAUGAUUAUUAAUUUUGUUGAACUUUCUAAUCAUUCCUUUUGGUUCACUUAUUGACAACAUAUCAAGGACAAACCAUUGGGUAAAGUUAAAUGAAUGUAGCCAGUUUCAUUAAAACUGCAUUGUUAUUUA